CUCAACUCCAAGCUUCGUUCUCACUCACUCUCACUCCUCCCCCCUCCGCCCUCCGCCUCUCCUCCCCCCCUUCCUUCUCUCCUCUCCCCCUUCCCUCCGGCACGGCACUCACCUUCCUCCACCUACAAUCGCGCAUCGCUGGGACCACCCACCGCCCUCGCCAGGUUUCGGUUUCAGCGCCCCAUCUCGCCCGCCGCCUUGCUUUGCCGUGCACAGUCAUCCGUCCGCGUCCGACCGGCCAGACGACUACCCCUCCUCCCUCCCAACUCGCACGCCGCCGCCUCGCCGUCGUCGUCGUCGUCGUGUUGAUACGCCUCUUGUGCGCGAGGACCCGUCUACACAUUCUUUCGACGACGCCCCCCCGGCCCCCUUCCUUUGAGAGGCUGGCACGCUGCUAGUUACUGCACGCAGAGCAGCAACACCAUCUUCCCCGCACGCCGCCGCCGCGCCUGCACGCCAAAACUGCGACACCUGCGCCCCGCCGUCUUUGCUUUGCUUUGGUAGGCUUCGCACGACACGGCCCAUUCCUUCUUAUUUUCCACUUGCAGUACACAGCAACACGCAGCACAACACCAACCCCUCGCGCGCACCAAAACCAGCCCACCCACGCGUAUCCCGACAACGCUUCGUCCCUCCCUUGAUUGCACCAUUGAUUUGGUUGCAGUACAACCAGUGACGGACACGACAAAAGCCAGGGAGACGGACGACGCAGCCGGGCCGACGACGAGUGUGACACCUUUGCCCCCACCCCACCCACCCCACCGUCGCCGCGCAACCCGCAAACCCGCAAAAUCGCGCGCAACCCCUCUGACGCGUAAUUCACCUCGCUCCGAUCGGCCCGCCCUUUUUUCGCCACCACCACUGCAACAUCGUUUUCUCCUUUCCACUCUUCGCCACCGUUCAAGUGACUCUGCAUCGCAGACUCGCAAGCACGGCUUUCAGACACGCUACUGUCGACCAACCCGACACGGCAGUCGUUGCCGAGCCCUUCGAGGUGUGAGAGCACUCCCGUGCUGCUCGCUUCCACCGCAAGAAGGGUCUCGUCGAAGCACUAGCUCUCUUCGCCUUUCACUCACGGGCUGGCUCGUGGUAUGGCUCGCUCUGCGAGGCACGCCGCGACCACCAACUCGACAACCACCACUCCCACCACGCCAGCCGCAACCUCUACCCACACGGCGUCUGCUCCGACUGGGGCCGCCCCCGUCGCCGCCGCCGCGGGCGCAAGCGGCACGGCGUCGUCCUCAUCGUCGACUCCUGUCGCCGGGCCAUCGCGGCCAGUCCGUCAGUCGGCUCGCACGUCGCGUCGCCACCAGGCUGCGGAACCCACCCCACCCCCUACCUCGGCAGCGUCCCCAGCCUCAACGCCAGGAGGCGCCGCUGAUCCUCAUUCCCUUCACUCGACUCGCGGGUCCCUAUCAAAGAACCAUGUCGAGCCAAAGGCGCACGGCCUUCGCAAGUCUAUAAAUGCAAAGGAACGACAACAAUGCCCCUUCCCCUCCGAGUACGGCGGGCGCGACGGGUGCGGCAUUGUCGACGAGGAUGAAGCAGACGAGGUGCUCAUGGCGAUCUGCGGUGCAUGCGCGGUAAUGGGAAACGUCGCCCUCUCACCCGACGAACUCGCAGCCGUUGCCUUUGAACACGGAUGGAUCCGCCCUCCAUCGGUUGCCGUCUCACCGGCAACCAUGAUCGCGAACGCCAUCCGGAUGCACCAGUCACGAUGUCAGAAAGCGACACCACCACGAACACCCGUCCUGUCAAAAUACCAACUAGCGGGAUCCAUUGCCGAAGCAGUGCUUCAACCGGCAUUGCAUCCUGCCGCCUUCGAUGGACCUACGAGGCCCAAGGGGCCUGUGUGGUACCUAUCACCUGAUGUGGGGCGGUCCAAGUGGCGUAACCCUUUCACAGGUCUUGUUGUCCCCAAAGCUCCGGUUCGCAAGCCAGCCCAGCCAAAGCCAAAGCAAGCCAAGCCGGCUCCGACAAAGAAAGAGGAUGCGCCAAAGGCGACCGCGGCGUCGAGGAGGAAAGACAAGUCGACCACCCCUGAGGUAUCAAGUGCCAGCUCGACUCCAGCUCCUUCAGCCCUGCCGAGAAUCAAGCUUCGUGUCUCCGCAUCGGCCGCCGAACAUGCCGCGGCGAUUGAAGCCGAGGACGCCGAAGCCGAGGUUGCGCCCAAGACUUCGCGUGCGUCGUCGGUCAGUUUCAUGCCUGAAUCGCCAUCGUCGACACCUGCGCCCUUCACACCCAAGCCGAACGCCACCCGCCGCCGACGUCGCGACAACGUGUUUGACUCUUCAGACUCGGAAUCGUCCGAGUCGGAAGCUGAACACGAACACACUGGCCACCGACGCGCACCGCGCCGCGUCAUUUUGCCGCCCAUGGCUGUCAGUGCGGGAUCGCGUUUCCCUCAGAUCCCCUCGCGCCCCGUUCACUCCACUUUUGGUGAACUCUUCUUCUCGCCCGUCCAGGCCGGACCCCUCCCCUUGCCCGCAGUUCAGCAAUCGCCAUUCCCUUGCCACUCGCUCGACAACACAAUAUGGGGCGCGAGGCGAAGCGUCGAGCUGGAACAGAUUGCCUUUGAGGCCUCGUCUAGCUCAAGCUCAGACGAUGAGAUGGGCAACACCGACUGGGGCACUGGCUCCGGAUUGCUUGUCAAGGCGGGCGAUGAAGCCAUGUCGGCAUCGUGGGUGCCUGAAGAGGACGCAAAGGUGAACGCUGCGACCGUCGCCAUGCGCGAGCUGUUCCCGUACAGCCCCGAGAACCCAACGGCCAGAGCCGAGCCCCAAUUCAACCAGCUCGACAACCGCCCUCCGCCAUCGGACACCUCGAGCGUCACAGAUGCCUCUUCAACUGCGACUGCUACCGCCGUUUUCCAGGGCAAACUCAGGUCAGCGGCUUGCCCGACGGCCUUGCCUGCGUGGUCACUGUCCAGUCCAGUGUCUUCUCCAAGCCUAGCCGGCAGACAACUUCCGCUUUAUGUUGAGACUAGCCCGACGCAGUACCUCUCCAGAGUGACGCGCGAACUGGACUCGAGAAGCAUGGAAAUGGACGUGGACGUGACAGUUGACACGGUCGACGAGUCAUGGCUUGACGAAUCGGGUCAACUCCCUGUCUACGCCGAGGACGUCAUCUCGGAUGUCGAAAUCGAAGUGGGCUCGACGCUUGGCGAGGUCACGACUCCUGAGCGCGACCGCCAGCUCCAGACGGCAGAGUGGGCCCGUGAAACGGCAGAUGCAGCUUCGGCUCUCAACAUCAAGCAAGAGCCCGAAGACUACUACCCAUCCCCAGCGGCCACGACAUCAACAGAUAUGGACGACUCGGUCCUCAUCUUUGACGGCUCGCGCGAGUCGACUGUAUCGUCACAGUCGCCGUCGUCCGGGUCUUCCGAGCUUCCUGACCUGGAGGAGGACUGUACGCAAGAGUUCCUGCUCGGCCCUGAGAGUCUCACUCUCGACGAGCUCGACGACUGGCUGCCUAACGACAAGGCUGAACGUACGCCGCACCGCGGCCGAGGCCGAGGCAGGCCUCCACGCACCGAGAGCACGCACACGAGGAGCAGUGGAAGCUGGGGCGGCAUUGGUGUUAACAACCCCUUUGUGCCGCCGAUCGCCAGCUUCGCUUCUGUCUCGACGACCAAGGCUACGCCCCCGCCGCUCGUUCGCAAGCGAAGCCUCCGGUCCAGUGCCCGCCGCAACCGCUCCGCUGUUCGCAAGACCGAGUCGACACGCAACACCCCGGUCCUUGCUGCGGCCGACAUCAUGAUGACUGAGCCUGCCGCCCCCGACACUGUCGAGGUUCAGGUUGACACCGAGCCCGAGUGCGAGGAGGACGCCAUUGGUCCUGACGAGCUGGAGAACGCCCGUGUUGAGGCCGAGGCUCGCGAGGAGCAGCACCGCGCUAAGAGGAGGGCAGAGGCCGAGGAGAACCGCCGUCGCUGGAACGCCUGCCGCAAGGCCUUUGCCGACGCGACUGCGUCGUCUGGCAGUGCAUCGCCGACGCUGCUCAACAGUGGCGCCGACUCUGGCGACGCAACCCCGGUGUCCUGGCCAGAGUUGACUGCCAACUGGUCGUCCUCUGACAGCAUCCCCGAGCUUGCAACAUUGACCACUCUAUCGCCCAUGGCUUUGCAAAUGACGGCGAUCGACCCUUGCGAUACUUCUUCGCUCAUGGCCCUCGACCCGAAGUCACUGCACUCGCCCUCCAUGUCGGCAGAGCUUGUGAUGCUCGAGUCGGUUUUAGCCCAGGUUGACAUUGCCCCGGUGGUUGCUACGGCACCGCCGCCAGCGACUCAGCCUGCCCCUCCUCAGCCAGUCGCUGUCUCACCUCAGCUCCCGAAGCUGGCCCCGCCGCCGCCCUCUGCACCUGUUGCUGUCUUGCCAACACCUACGCCUGUCGCCGCCCCUGUGCCGGCGCCGUCGAUGCCUGCUCCGGCGCCUUCGCUGCCUGCAAUUGCCCCGGCACCAGCGCCGGCCCCGACCUCGAUUGCACCAAAGCAGACUCCGCCGGCUCCUCCGAAGCAAGCGCCAGCGCAACCAAGGCAGUCACCAGUCAAGGCGCCCAAGCCGAUCGCGGCUGCGCCUGCUCCGAUCGCCCCGGCUCCUCCUGCCACAGUACCGACUGCGGGCGUGCCCGUCCAGGCCAAGUCCUUGCCAACGACCCCUGUGGUGAACAACGUGCCAGUGACGACAAGUGCUCCUAACAGCGCACCUACAACCGCCGCGCCAACACGCACGGCUUCGCCCGUUGCCAGAACAUCGACCGCGUCUCCAGCCACGUCGGUUGCCUCCAGUGGCUCUGGAGCUGCACCGACUCCAGCGACGCGACCUGCGACUCCCUCCGGCGGCACCACGAAGCGACUGCUCCCGGGGAUUGACGCCUGUGUGAUCGACAACCUGCCGUGCUACUCGCAUGUGUUUGAGAUCACCAAGGGUGGUCGAUGCACAGUGCUCCGUCGUCUCGACACCGACUUUGUCAACGGCACGGCGCUACUCACCGCCCUUGGUGUGCCGCCUGCGCAGCAGGCCGAGGCACUGUCUGCGCCAUCGCCGACGCUAGCCUCGCAUCGCACUGUGCCAUUGAUCUCGCCGCAGGGCAUGCACCACGCGCCUGGUGUGCCAGGUGUGUGGAUUCCGCUCAUCGAGGCCCGCGACCUCGCCCGCAAGUUUAACCUUCAAGAGACUCGACUCUUGGCCAACAUCCUGCGCGAGGAUCUCUUCCAGCUCUUCAAGGAGCUCGCUGGUAUCUCGCUUCGCCACACCUCGUCUACAGAGAGCUUUGGCAUGCCCUUCGUGACUCAGCCCCACCCUCGACCUGGCGCUCGCCCAGCCCAGCCCGGUGCCAACGUACCGGCUCAUAUGCGCCAGGCGCCGGCACCUGGUCCCAGCAAGGGACCCCUCGUGCGUGCUGCGCCGGCUGCGGUCCCCGACGGCGCGCCUCAGCCCAAGCGCCGCAAGUCGAGCGUCGUCGGAGGUGCCACUGGCCCGCAGGUUGUUAGGGCCGCCGCUGCCGCUGCUGGACCACCACCUCCCCGCCCUCCAGCAGUCGCGCCCAGCCCCGCCCUUCAGGCAAGGCCUCCGCUCGCCGCGGCUCCGACGCCUGUGAAGGCUCUUGCCCCGGCACCUGUGCCCGCCAAGGCCCCUCCGACUCAGGCAGUCUCGGCGGCACCAGUUAUCCCUCCUGUCCCAGCCCAACCCCGCCGCACCCGCGCGAGCGUUGGCGCCAAGUAACCCACCUUCCUUUACCACCACUCCGAACUCAGCCCACGCGGACAAUGCACGCGACGGCUCCACGACACAUACGACGAAGAAACGCUCCCCGACAGUUUUUCAGGGGACAGCAAAAUAGAUGCGAGCUGUGGAAAAAGGGCCGGGGGAGCGGUCGACUUCGACCCACGCUACCCGAAAGCAAAAAGCUAUAUAGUGACCAAAGAAGUCAAAAAGCAGAAGAAAAGGAAGCAAAAGAAGGAGAAGAAAUCCAAAGAGGAUGAGGAAAGGCUGUGGAUAUAGAACACCCCCCACCCCGCUCUCUGCGCCGUGAAUCGUGUCUAUGCAGCUGUGUUGUAUUUUUCCCCAUGCAAAAAAGUGUGAUUGGGAA